AUGUUUGGCACUGCUUCUGUGGAUUUCGUAUCAAAAUGGUCCCAACUCAGCGAUGUUGUGUCUAAGUUGAUCCGAUGCGAACAAAUCACUAGGGAACGAUGGAACAAUAGUUUCCAUGACGUUUAUGCCUUGUGUCACUCCCGACCAUCUUCCCACGCUGCCGCUCUGUACUCUUCUACAACGUCACUGAUCAGUGUUCGUGUAAAAGAGAUAGCAGCUGAACUGGACACUGUCGAUGACUCUGAGCUGUUACCUGCCUAUUCACGUCACUGGAACGUUUUCCAUAGUGGUUUAACUUAUCUGGACAAUUUGUAUCGAGUUGUGAACCAGCAGUAUGUAAGAAAUCUGCGCCCAACAGAGGCAGAAAUGUGUUAUGGGGCGAUACUACCGAUGGCCGACAGACACACAAUGGAAAUUCUCGAAGUCGGAUUAGCGCAUUGGAAACUUUAUCUGAUUGACAAUAUAAGUCUUCGAUUGUCAAGAUGUUUAUUGAGAGAGGUGGCCAAUGAUCGGGCCGGUGUAGUCGGGCAACAAAACACUAUCUGUCCAACCCUAAAGUCGUUUCUGCGUGUAGGCGAGUUGCGUGACAUUGAGAAGGCUCUGGCUCUGCGUCAACAGGAAGAAAAUCGCGUUGCGCAAUAUUAUCAGUGCUCUGGUGAAAGUGUUUUUGAACUCUUCCAAACAAUAGUGGUCAAAGAUCGACUACAAUUCUUGAACGAAAGCGUGCAAAAUAUGGUACCGGAGAAACAUAAAACCGAUCUGCACAACUUGUAUUUGCUUUUGGCGCCAAAUAAUUUAUACACUGAAUUGGCUCGAUGGUUUGGACAACACGUUGCAGCAUGUACCCGGGAAGCUUUGUCUAACUUGCCCACUGAACCGACGGCUGCUUCUGGUCACUUCGUUGAUAGUCUGUUAGAAUUGCGCGAUCGAUUCACGAAGUUUUUGGAUGAGGUGUUCGAUGGAAACAACACUUUCCGUAACCAGAUGGAUAAGGCCUUCAAUUCGGCUAUCAAUGAUCGGUCGCCAAACGCGAAAGGAUCCACCUCAUCUGGCGCACAGUAA